CGCACAACCUUCAAAGUUGAAGACGCCAUAUUUCACAUCAUAAACGGUGUGGAGAAAAAAGGGGAAAGGCCGAAGUCGUGAGGUAGGAAACAGUUAGAAGAUCUAUGUACACUAUUGUGGUAGGAACAACAAUGAUAUGCGAGAGAGCGCUUGUGCUUAGGCACAAAUACUGAAUCAUUUAUCGAACAGCUUACGCCGACAUUUAUACAUAUAUAUACACACACACACACAUCGCAGUGCACGAGUUGUGUGUGUGUCUGUGUGUGUGAGUGUUUGUUGGCUUGAACAGACAAGAAACAACAGGAAUUCGGUUUAGUAACACGAAGCAAACAACAACAAAUAGAGAGGAAAUCUAAACCCAAACAGAAAUCAGAUAAAGAACAGGAAUAUUUGAAUAUUUUGUAAUAGCCAUUCGUCAAAGAGAUCUUCGUGAAACUCCACCAGGUGUUAUCCGUCUCCAUGGUUGGACUGUGGAUAACAUAGAUUCUUACAUUAACAACUUCAAGUACUUCUAACUAGUACUUAAAGAUGUCAACUGCUAGUACGAGUAAAGAUCGGAAAGGCACCUCUAGGAGUAAUUGUUCUUCUUUGGAUAAGAAACCACUGGCUAAUAGAAAGUCACAGGCAUCAUCGUCUGCAGAAGAAUCUGGAGGAGAUUCCAGUGCAGAAAUAGAUGCUGCAGGGAGUACAAAAGAUUCAGAAGCUUCCAGAGAGCCAGAGUUGAAUCCUGGAGAUAGUGAUGAUGAACGUUGUCGUUCACAUUCACCUGAAGGUUCGCUCGAAAAAUCCAAUCCACUUGAUGAAAACAAGAACUCAGAAAUUCCUUCUAAACGCCGAACUAAUCUGAAAACAUCUUUUGUAGGAAAAUCAAUUGGCACGAUUGUAACAUGUACAGCUUGUGGCAAACAGUUAAACCCUUCCAAAAAGGGAGCUGUGAAAAGGCAUCCCAAAUUAAAAGUGCUGAUUUGUAAGAAGUGUUAUAAAUAUUAUACAAGUGGUGAAAUUUCUCGGGACGCUGAUGGUCUAGAUGAACAGUGCCGAUGGUGUGGUGAAGGUGGUCGCUUACUAGGCUGUGAUUUCUGUCACAAUGCAUUUUGCAAAGGCUGCAUCCUAAGGAAUUUAGGGCGGUCAGAGUUAUUCAUUAUAACAGAUGGGGGUUCUGAAAAGUGGAAAUGUUAUGUUUGUGAUCCUCCCAAAAUAAAAGCACUAGUUGUACAGUGUAAUGAAGUUUAUGAAUUAUUGGAGGAAGAACGCAAGCGAGAUAACCUAAUGCAGAUCAAACAAGUCAAAGCUGAAGAGAAGCAGGCAUCUUCCAGUAAAAAAAUUGCUGCUACACCUGUUAUUCCAAUUUGUGAUGAAAGGAUGAACAUCACUGCAAAAACCCUUGACACUGUUAUUGAAAAGCUACUGGUGGCCACAACUUCUAUGACUUUGAUGCUAAACACAUUAAAAUGUGAUCUUAAAGAAGCAGAAAAUGUCUCAGACACUACUGCUGCUGCUGCUGCUGCUGCUGCUGCUGCCACCACUGGUGAGAAGCAGACUGAAAGAGACCAGGGUGUGGUGAAACUAAAGAAAGGUCUUGUGAAAUAUUUCCUGGCUCUAAAAGAGACUCUCUUUGCCUCUGAGGUGAAGGAUGAGAAAGUGGAGAAGAAAUCCAAUACCUCACUGGGGUCAGAUAGGAAAUCGGGGACGAAGAAUCUGAGUGGCAAAGAAAGGGGAAAGGUUGAGAAGAGACAGUCUAAAAGUAAAACUUAUUCCAGCGAUGAAGAUUUCAAGAGCUUGAAAGGAGAAAACGAAACUGAGAAAAACAAAGAUUUGUCAUCUCAAAGUAAAGGGAAAAAUGCUUCUAAAGUAAAUAAUAUUUCCAACUCAGUUAUCUCUGUCUCGAAUGAUGAAGAUGACGACGAUGAUGAUGAUGAUGAUAUUGAAUAUCUUGGUGAGAGCAAGUUGAGCAAUGUGUCUGAUAAUGACAAAGACAGCAAGGAAAAAUCUGUUAAAAGAGAAAAAUCCGAAGACCAGAAUUCAGAAAAAGAUUGGAAUCUUUUGAAACAAGAAAAUAAGGUCUCGCCUCAAAAGAAUUCCAAUAAUCUUGCCGAGAAGUUCUUGGAAGAUCAAGAUUUAUCUGAUGAUGGAACGAAAGCAAUGGAGGAGGAUGAAGAGGAGGAGAAGGUGAAGAAGAAGGACAGUAGAGAAGAAGAAAGAACUCCCAAGAAAAGAGAGAAAACUGAAGAGCGGAGUGGGAAGAAGAAAGAAAAAGAAUCAGAAAGAUUGUCAAAGAAAAAAUCGAAUGAUAAAUCAGAAAGAAGUGUUAGAAAGAGAGAUGAAGAGAAAGUUUCUUCGAAAGACAAGGCUAAUGAAAAAUCACCAAGGAAAUCUGAGAAAAAUGAAGUGAAAUUUUCCAAAUCAAACAAUAAAGUAGAUGGGGUAUCGGUGAAAAAAGAGGAAGAUGACGAUAGUGACUUGUCUGUUGAUGAUAUUCCAUUGAUUAAGCGCUCCCAGAAAACAGAGAAGAAAAGUCCAGAUGUGAAAGUGGAACGCAAGAAAAAAUCAGGUAAAGAUGUUAAAAGUGAUGCAGAGAAGAAAUCAAGUGUCAGUAUUAAAAGUGAGAGAACUGCAGGUAAAAUGGACAUUGACAGUGACGACACUGCCGAACCUGUCAGUAACCAUUCUGACAGUUUCCUCAGCACCAAACAGAUACCUGAUCCUGAGAAUGCUGCUGCACAACUGUCUCUUUUGAUGGAAAUGGCAAAUGAAAUAUCAAAGAAUCAGGGCAAUGACUCCGAUGACAAUGACAACAACAACAACGACGGUGACGAUCAUGAUGAAGAGGAUAAUGGAUUUACUAAUAGCAACGAAGAAGAUGAUAAUGAUGAGGAUAGUUCUAUUGCUGCUCAAAAAGUAGAUUCCGAAAACAUAAAAUCUGCUACAGAUGGGAACCAAUUCCAUGAGAGUGAUAAUGCCAGUUUUGCAAAUGGUAACAGCAUUGAUGUUUCCAAGAAAACUGCAUCAAGUAAAAAUACCCCCAAAAAACAGAGUAAUACCGGUGCUACAGAGUCUGACCAUGAACCUUGUGAAUCUGCAGGUGAGAAGAAACGAAGGCGGUCAGACAGGAAGAAAACUUCAGAUGGGAAAGACAAGAAUAACGAGAAGGAGCGUAAUAACGAGUCAGAUGAAAACAAUCCUUUGGAUGACAGAAAUGAGUCUGAUAGUAACAGGAAUCAGCCAAAUGACCAGAAGAAAGACGACAGCUCUGAAUCUGAGAAAGAAAAGGAGAAGACCGACAAUGAUGAUGACAGCGACAGUAAGUUGACUAUUAAAGCUAAGAAACAGAAGGAAGCGAAGAAGCAAAAAGAAAUGAAAAAACUGAAAGAUAAAAAGACCGUCAAACAAGAAAAAGAUGUCAAGGUAAAUGAGAUGGAUGAGUCUAAUGAUGAAGACGAUAGUAAGAUAGGUAAAGAGAAAUGUAAGGAAGCUACUGAUGAGGACAAGCAGUUAGCUGCUGUAAAUAGUGCUUCUGACAGUGAUUCAUCAGAUUCCAGCGAUGACAGUGAUCUUUACACUCGCAAAAAACGCCGAAAUAGGAAAACCAAGAUCAAAAAAGAAAAAGAAUCUCCAGUGAAGGGACAAAAGAAAACCAGGGAAUCGUCUACUAAUGAGAAAAACAAGAACGGAGAUGAAGUAAAGAAACGAGUCACUCGGAGUCGAUCAGGGGCAUCAGCAAACAAAGAUACCAAAGCGAAAGAGAAAGGACAGCAUUCAGAUUCCUCUAACUAUGAUUCUGAGCUGGAGAAAGAAAUCAAUAAAUUGUCUCAAAAAGUUAUUAUAAAGAAGUCAGGAGAUAGAAGAAAGAGAGGAACAGACAAAUCAAAGAGAAACAAAAGUAAAAAGAAAGCUAAUGCUGGAGAAAACAAUGCAGAUGUAUCAUUUUCUGAUUCCUCUCAAGAGUCUGAGCAAUCUUCAGAGGAAGAAAAGUCUAUCAAAGAAGAAGUUGAUCAGAAAAUAAAGGAGGAGGAAGAGAAAGCCAUGACUUUAAAUAUGAUGGAUAAAGAAGGAGAGGAGGAAGACGAUGAUGAUAGCUCCGAUACUGAUAGCAGUGAUUCAGAAAUCAUUACUAACAAGAAGCGGAAGCGAUCAGAUAAGAACAAAAAAGACGAAUCAGAUUCCCAUCCAAAGAAGAAACAGAAAAGCAAUCGUCUUUUACGUGCAAAACUGUCAGAAUCUGGAUCUGAUAAAUCUGGAGAUGAAUCCGAAAGGAAGAAAAAUAAAAACAGUGAUGAUGAUGAUGAUGAAGAUGCAGAGAUAGAUGAAGACGAGGAAGAGGAAGAAGAUAGUGGCAGUGGUAGUGCAGUUACUAGUUCUGAAUCUUCAGAAGAAGAGGAGGAGGAGGACUCUGAUGAGAGGUCGAAGAAGAAAAAGAAAAAGAAGAAGAAAGGCAAAAAUGACUCUGAUUCUGACAGCAAACCUCGGUCAUAUAACAAGAAAGGGAAGAAGGGAAAACGUCGGAAACGUAUUAAAGCACCAAGGAAUUCAUCAGAUUCUGAUGGAGAGAGUGGCGACGAUAAAAAUUCCCGUGGACCAAGUAAAAGAAAGAAAAUUCGUAAACUUAUUUCUGAUAAGAAGUUGACCGAUAGUACAAAAGCUGCAGCUAAAGCAGAAGAGGAAAGACGUAAACGUGUCAAUGAACGACAAAAGAAAUUCAACCGAGUGAUAGCUGACACUAAUGUUCCAGCUAAAUGCCCAGUGACCAAAAGGUUGGUUCUUGCCUUUGACAAAGAAGAGAAACCCAUUUUAGAAGUUGCCAGUAAUCUAAUUACAAAACUGAAACCCCACCAAGUUGAAGGUGUCCAGUUUAUGUUUGAUUGUUGUGUUGAAACCCUGUCUCAGCUGAAGAAAGAGGAAGGUGGCGGUUGUAUAUUGGCUCAUUGUAUGGGUCUUGGGAAAACUUUAUCUCUAAUUACAUUUGUGCACACCCUCAUGGUGAAUGGGAACAAAACCAAAAUGAGUACCUGUCUUGUCGUCUGUCCAUUGAAUACAGUUCUUAAUUGGAAAGAUGAGUGGGAGAAGUGGGAUGAAAAUGAGGAUUUAAUGGUAUACGAAAUGACAAAUAUCAAGAACAAUUCUCAUCGUACCGAUGUUUUGAAGAAUUGGCAUGAAAAUGGCGGUAUUAUGAUCAUAGGUUAUGAAAUGUACAGAAAUCUUAGUCAAGGUCAUCAUGUGAAAAAUAAGAAACUUAGAAAGAUUUUUGAAGAUUGUCUUGUUAAUCCUGGUCCAGAUUUAGUGGUGUGUGAUGAAGGUCAUGUUCUUAAAAAUGAUUCUUCAGGAGUGUCAAAAGCAAUGAAUAGAAUUCACACAAAACGUCGUAUUGUUCUCACUGGAACUCCAUUACAGAAUAAUUUAGUAGAAUAUCAUUGUAUGGUUAGUUUUGUGAAGCCUAAUUUACUUGGAACACGUAAAGAAUUUUGUAACAGAUUUGUAAAUCCCAUAACAAAUGGGCAGUGUUCCGAUUCCACUUCAUAUGAUGUAAAAGUUAUGAAAAGACGUGCCCACAUAUUGCAUGAUCUCUUGGAUGGCUGUGUACAGAGGAGAGAUUACAGUGUCUUAACAGACUUUCUGCCGCCUAAACUGGAAUAUGUUAUUUUAGUAAGAUUGUCUGAUGUACAAAUAGAAUUAUACCAGAAAUAUCUAGACAAUUAUUCACAUGUUUCUGGUGCUGGGUCUGUAGACAAACGGCCAGUUGGAUUAUUUGCUGAUUACCAGAACCUAAUGAAGAUCUGGAGUCAUCCUUGGGUGCUAAAACUUAACGAAAUUAGACAAGAAAAUAAAAAACGUUAUGACUCUGAUGAUGAUAUGGACUCUUUUAUUGAUGAUGAUACUGAAGAAUCCGUCAGUGAUGGAUCGUCAAGUAAUGAAAGCUUUGAGAACUCUGACAAGGAAGACGCUACGCCUCCCUCUGGUGGUAGCCGGCCUUCCACCAGUACCAGGGCAACGAGAGCUUCAAGACGACGCGGAUCUGAUGAUGAUAAAGCAGAAGUUGUCAAAGAAUGGAAAACUAGAUCUCGUGGUGGUGUUGAAGAAGCGGAUCCUGUAGUUGAAGAGAAAGAAGAGAAAGAUUGUCCUGUCAGUUCAGAAUGGUGGUCAGAAUAUUUAAGUGAUUCAGAUUGUCACAAUUUAGAGCUUUCUGGAAAACUGAAAUUAACAUUUGACAUCUUACAAAUGUGUGAAGAAAUUGGUGAUAAAGUGUUAGUUUUCAGCCAAAGUUUGUUAUCAUUAGAUUUAUUAGAAGAUUUCCUGGAAUUCAUUGAUACUAAUGCUCAGAAAGAACAAGAAGAAAAAGACAAAGAAAAAGAAAAAGAAACGUCUAGUAACAAGAAAAAGAAAGAUAAAGACGAGAAAGAGACCUUUGGCAAAUCUUGGAUCAAAGGAGCUGAUUACUUUCGACUCGAUGGUUCUACACCUGCUCACUAUCGUAAGAAAUGGGCUGAAGUUUUCAAUGAUACAGAAAAUUAUAGAGCUCGGCUGUUUUUAAUUUCCACUAAAGCUGGAUCCCUUGGUAUUAAUCUUGUAGCUGCCAAUAGAGUAAUUAUUUUUGAUGCUUCCUGGAAUCCCUCACAUGACAUCCAGUCAAUUUUCCGAGUAUAUCGUUUUGGUCAAACAAAACCAGUAUAUAUUUAUCGUCUUGUUGCACAGGGAACAAUGGAAGAGAAAAUCUAUGACAGGCAGGUGAUCAAACAAGCCUUGUCUCAACGUGUUGUUGAUGAACAUCAAAUUGAACGACAUUUCACGCAGGCAGAUUUACAAGAGCUCUAUGUAUUUAAACCCGAGAAAGUGGAUGAUCCUAAUGCACCAGAAAGACCGACUCCUAUUUUACCGAAGGAUCGUAUGUUAGCUGAACUGUUACAAGAACAGAAGAAAUGGAUUGUGGCGUACCAUGAACAUGAUUCUCUUUUGGAGGAUCAAGAGGAAGAGAAGUUGACGGAAGAAGAACGAAAGACAGCUUGGGAAGAAUUUGAAAAUGAAAAGAAAGGCAUCGUCCGAAGAAAUCCAAUGCAAAUGCAGUAUGUGCAAGGUGUGAACUACGCAAUGAACCAGCCUUAUAUGAACCAACAGUUUAACAUGAUGCAAAAUAUGUACAUGAUGCAACAACAGAUGCAGAACCAGCCUAUUAUCAGUCUACGUUCACCAGAUAUACACAAUAUUGCACAAAGAGUUAAAGCAUUAUAUCCAAAUCUCACCCAUGAUCAGUUCCAAAUGAAAGUUCAUGAAGUCAUGCGAGCCCAAAUAAAUCAACAAAUAGACAUGCAGCAAAGACAGGUCCAGGAACAGUUGAAGAGAGAAAUGGCCAGAAACAGACAGAUGAAGGCUCAAAUAGCCCGUCAGUUUGAUCAAUAUCAAUCUCCACAAAGAAUGAUUUCACCUAUGGUUCAUGGUGCCAAUAUGAUGCCAACACAGGGAGGGUCAAUGGCUGGAGAAGCUGGAGUUCAGAAUUCUGCUUCAGCAACUGCCAACCAACAACUGAUGAAUAUGCUUCAGCAAGGUAGCAUCCCUGGGUCUCAAUAAACAAGAUUUAGGUGGGGAUUAGAGAAUCAACUCUUGCUUUCUCCCCCCGCAAGUUGAAGCAAAUAUCUUCAGUUUGUCGCAAUCCUCCAUUAAUUGGUGACGAUGACUCCAUCAUUUCACAUAUAGUUUUUAACCAGGUUUUCUUCAAUGUCAAAAACCAAUCUUGCUAUACAUUGCUUUUUGCAUUUGUCUUAUGUACAUGUGACAUCCACAAAUGCUUGGUGUAUGGUAGGUUGAAACACUGACCAAAUUUAAUAUCUCUGGAAGUUCACUAAAAGGUGUACCAAACAAAAAAAAAAGACCUCAAUAUAAACUCACCUACUUCCAUGGCAUUUCUGCUCUACUCUUUGUUACCCCAUGAUAGAGUAGUGCUGAUUUAGGAGUACAGUAACCAAAACACUGAUAACAAGGAGAGAAUAUCCUACUUUUGCUUCUUCCAUCUCAUGACGCUUUUAUGUUAGUUUUUUUUUUUUAUAUAGUUGACUUUCUCCCCCCCCCCACUUACAUUAAAUUUAUUUUUCAAAACACCAUUUUCACUGUUUUAUAUGAGAUUACAUAACUGUUUGUAGUUUCUAAGUCAGUUUGUCCCCUUUUAACUAUCCUCACAAAUCAUCUUUUGCUAGUUUCUUCUUCCUUGUUUUCACAUUUUGGUCAUCUUGUGACCGGUAUAGCGGAGGCUGGUUACCCGUCUCUACUAUCCGGUCACUCUCAGAUACUCUUUGGCUUUGAAGAAAGACACACACAAAAAAAAAAAGUAAAUAAAAAAAAAAGGUACAUUCUUGUGUUGUUUGCUCCUCUCCUGUUGAGGAGAAAGAUUGAAUUGUUUGGCCAUGAAUCUCCUCCCUUUGCUUUGUGACGGUGUUUUACUUACGCUGGCGACAUUCAUGAACAUAAUUAUCCACUUGGUUUAUGCUGUCAACAUUCAUGAACGUAACAUUAUUAUUUAAAAGAAAAAAAGAAAAUUAUAAUGGACUUAUGGGGAUACACUCACCCUCAUCACAAGGAAAGUAAUAAUUAAUUAUAUUGCAGCAUCAAGGAUUUAUUCAUUAAAUUACUAAACUCUUCAUCAAGAGACCAUCGUGAAUUUCCCUUGUAUAAAAUAAUCCCGCUGUGACAGUUUGAAGGACCACUCAGCUUGUAAUGCCACUUUUUAAACAAACUGACUGAGAUUAGCUAACAAUCACAACAUCAUGCCUAAACCAGCAUGAGUUGAACAUUUUUCAAUUAGUUUUGUGUGUACAAAUCUUCCUUAAUCUGAUGAAGAGGACAUUAAAAAAAAAAAAGAAAAGACAGUGGAACACUUCUUUGUCAAUAUUUGUUCACCAUUUCCCCCCUUGAAUUUAAUGAAAAACCAAUUUUCAUCAUCAAAGGGUUUGUCUUUUAUUUCCUUUCAUUGCCUGAUUCCUCUAAUUGGAAGUUUGUAAUAUGUACCGAGUGACUGACUUAGUAUUAAUUAGACACACUCACACUAAAUUGCUACACAGGGCCAACAGGGCUUCUUCUACACAAUACUAUUUGCUUUUCAAGCCAUCUUCUCUUUUAAACUAGAGAUUAUUUUUCUUAAAACAUUUCUGGUUAUAUUUUAAUUGUCUCGCCAUCCUCUUCUCUCCAGGACCAAGUCUUAACACACUACAGACUUUUCCCACCUGGAGUAUCUCAUCACCCCCACCACACCCCCCACAUAAGUAAUAUCCAUGUAUUUUUUAACUUUGUUUAUAGUCUCAAUAAUUAAAUGGUCCAUUAUUUAUGAACAUUUUGGAGAUUCUAGUUUUGUCAAAGCAGUCAAACUUGCUAAUAUUUCACUUUGAGCUGACCUAAUUGUUUUCACUCUAUUGUAGAUAUUUCUACUGCUGGGCUUCAUUCGUUACAGCAGUAGUGUUUACAGUUGGGUUAGCUUUGUACUGCUUCUGUAUACUGUGCAGGUUGUUGGGUGUGAGCCAUUGGUUGGGCCCAGUCCAGCACAAAGAUGGCAGUUUCCAUAGAGGCAGCCAGCCAGCCAGCCAACAAGGCAGAAACAUAGAAUCUAUUUGGAAGCUGUUUGGAGAAAUGAAAGCGAGAGAAAAUACAGAAUAAAAUAUUAGUUUUUUUUUUUUUAAAUCUAGCUUUUGACUAAAGAAAAAUUUGUUCUUUAAUUUCUGUUGUCAUUUUGUAUAACAUUGGUAAUAAAAAAAAAAGUUUGUCCUGA